AUGGAGGGAGUUCUACUUGCCACCGAAAAACUUCUGCUGGAUUACCUUAGCACGGCUGGCUGUUCGCCGGCAAUAACAUUUCUCGAUAAAAACCUCUGCAAAAUGGGCGAUGUGAUAGUAAAAAGCAAAACGGACACCGCAAUUCAGUUCAACGAUCAGGCACUCAUUGCUGCCAGUAAGUCUUGGCCUUUUCCGGUGACGAUGAUUCGUUUCAACGGCAAUGCUGCACAUAUUUGGUUUGAUCGGAUUGAAGUAUUCCGAAUGGCGCUGGAUGGAACUGGUAUGGAUUGGCAUUUGCCGGCUACAAGACGCAGUUCAAGUACCGCGAAAAUUUCCGUUGAAGAUCAAACCACCAAAGCGAUGGAUUUAACCACGUUGACAGAAUUCCGUAUGGACAUUUUGAGAGUGGUUAUUAAAAACUGUUUCGUUCAUGCUGGAUACACUAUGAUUGGAAAGGAGGAAAUAGCCUUGCAGCAAGAUGCUAGGCAUGUAAAAAUUGUUCAGAAACGAAGUAAAAUACCCGAUGAGCAACACGUGGAAGUUCUAUGCGGCCCUGUGCUAUCUGGAGAAAGCAUGCAAAACGCGAGUCAAUACAUACAACAGCGCUCGAAUGAUAUGCAGCUAAUUGCACAGCACCGAUAUGGUUUGCGCAUCGCUAAUAAUACCAAACUUGAGCAACUUGUUGCGAGUUUGGGUCGAUCAGCAGCCAUAGUCGAUAUGCUACACACGAAGCAAACCAGCGCGAUCGAUAUGCGAAACCAGCAUGACACGACUCGUACACAAACCUCUUCUAAGGGAGCCGCAUUUAUAUUGUACAAUUACGCUCGGUUGGCGUCGAUAUUCAAGAAGCACGCUAGACUGGUAGACCAAAAGGUUUUGUCGGAAGUACCGCCUGCGAAUGAAAUUAAUUUCUCGUUGCUCGUCGAACCGGACGAAUGGCAUCUGCUGUACGUGUACUUAAUUCGUUUCCCACGAAUACUGGAAAAAACUCUCGGCCACGGAGAAUUUGCUCGCAUUGCCCCCUAUCACCUGCUUGAUUUUACAUUGAGCUUGGUAAAGUGCGUUAGCAAGUAUUACUGUAGGAUAAGAAUUCUAACGGAAAACAGACCUAAACUGGAACCAGUAAUGUUUGCCCGAUUACAUUUGCUGAGAACUAUUUUUAAGCUAUUGGAGCUACUGUUGAAACUCCUAGAUAUGGAAACAGUUGAGGAAAUGUAA